GCCUGCAUGCGGAGGAGGCUCCGGGAGCGGUGAGGAAGUGGGUUCAGACAAAAGGGAAAGCUCCAAGAACAAGACAUGUCCACAAACCAAAAGGAGGAAGGAGAAACUUCUUUGGUCACGUAGGAAAUUGCGAAUUAUGUGUUUUGAAAGAAAAGCAGAAAAUAUGUCUUUCUAAACACAGAGAGAGGCAGAACAUGUCUGGGAAACGAGGCGUUUUAUCGAAGCAGUAAGGAAUGUCCAUAACCGUCUCAUUCAGCAGCAGAGGUCGAGAACAGUAUGUGGCUGCUGGUCCUUCAGCUGGUCUGCACUGGCUUCCAUCUACAGCCAACAACAUGUCACCCAAUAUGCCAGAUGUCGGGACAAAAAGCCGACUGCGCUUCCCGCAACCUCCGCUGGGUCCCAAUUCUGCCUCCCAACAUCACUCACUUAUAUUUGGAUAGAAACUCCAUUCAUGAGAUCAACAGGAAUUCUCUCAGAGACUUGGAGGAACUCCAGGAAUUAGACCUGGGAAGCCAACACGUAGUCCUCACCAUCAGGAACGACUCUUUCCUCAGGCAGAGAAAGUUGACCAUACUGGUUCUCGGAAGUAAUAUCAACCUCAAGCUGGAGCCGCGGGCGUUUGACGGGCUGGUUGGUUUAAUAGACCUCUGGCUGGAUUACUGCAAUUUGAAUGACUCCAUACUGACGGAAAACUAUCUAGAGCCCCUUCUGUCGUUGGAAAGCCUCAACCUCUUCGGGAACAAGAUAGUGAGAAUCCAGCCUGGUCUGUUCUUUUUGAAUCUCACAAGGUUGUCAGUGUUAAUUCUUAAACUGAACUACCUAGAGAAAAUAUGUGAGGGGGACUUUGUUGGCUUCAGAGGGAAAUCAUUUCAGUUCCUGGACUUGGGGUCCAACAGCUUCUUCGGAUCUGAUGUUGACUGGGCGAGAUGUGGAAACCCUUUCAAAGGGAUGUCCUUCAAUGGGCUUGAUAUCUCAGGAAGUGGAAUGAAUUUGGAGAAUUUAAAACAGUUUUUCAGAGCAAUCAGAGGGACUCCAAUUGCUUAUCUUAAAUGUUCUGGAAGUCUUGGAAAAGGCUUUUCCCAUAAAAACAUAGAUGAUCCAGAUAAAGACACAUUUCAAGGCCUUGAGGACAGUUCAGUUGCUAAUGUAGAUCUAUCAGGGAACUGGAUUUUUGCCUUAAAGACUGGAGUCUUUAGGAGUCUGAAAGAUGCGAAGGUUUUGGAUAUUUCCCGGAAUAAACUAAAUCAGAUUGAGGAAAACGCCUUCAUUGGUCUACAGAGGAAUUUACUAAGACUCAACCUGUCAUUCAAUCUGUUGGGAGAAAUACACUCCAACACAUUCAACAGUCUGACAGAACUUCUUAUUUUGGACUUGUCCAGCAACCACAUUGGUGUACUGGGAUACAAGGCCUUCAGUGGUCUUUCCCAGUUACAUCACUUAUAUCUGACAGGAAACUCUUUGCGACAGCUUGGCUCUCCCGCUUUUCUGCCAAACUUAAAUUUCCUCCUUCUUAGAGACAAUAAGUUAAAUUCCCUCAGCAGCAUUUUUACCUUGUGGAACAACAGUGUCUUUUUAGAUAUUUCAGGAAACAGAUUUACAAACUUGGAAGAUGUUUAUGUUGUUUUAACUCAUUUCAAGCGUCUGCUGUACUUUCUUUAUGGGGACAACCCCAUUUUGUGGUGCACAAUAAAUACGGGUGUGUUCAUGCCCCUUGAUAAUAGUUUGGCAGUGUUGGACCUUCAUGGCUGUUCCCUGCAGAUGGCUUGGGUGCAGGGGAAGUGCCUCAAUAUUUUUGAUCAUUUACAGAAUCUGCUUGGUUUAAAUAUCAGCCUCAACUCCCUGAUGGCCCUCCCUCAGGGGAUCUUCAGAGGUCUCACCUCGAUUCAUGAAAUAGAUCUUUCAUCCAAUGCCCUGACCUAUCUGGAGCGCGGUGUUUUACCAGCCAGCCUGAAACGGCUCGACCUCUCAAACAACUUCCUAGUAUCUCCCGAUCCGAUGACUUUCCACUCGCUCAACGUCCUUGACCUGUCAGAAAAUCGGUUCCACUGUGAUUGCACUCUAGAGGGCUUCCUGAAGUGGCUCGACACCACCAAUGUGACCUUCCUGAGCCCAGCUCAGGAGUACAGAUGUGAGUUUCCACCUUCUACCCACAACCUUCCCCUGCUAGAGUUUUCCACCAUCAUGGAGCCAUGUGAGGAUGAGGAAAAAGCUGUUCAGGCUCUUCAGUUGGCUCUUUUCGUCUCCUCUGCCAUCUUCGUCUUCAGCCUUGUAUUCGGUGGGAUUAUGUACGCCCGCCUCCGAGGGCAAAUAUUCAUCUUCUACAAAAAGAUAGUCAACAGUGUUCUAGAGGGCCCCAAACCACCAGCCCACGAAAACGACUGGCAGUACGAUGCCUUCCUGUGCUUCAGCAACAGUGACUACAGGUGGGUUGAGGUUGCCUUGCUGAAGAAGCUGGAUAACCAGUUUUCAGAAGAGAACCUGUUCCACUGUUGCUUCGAAGCCAGAGACUUCCUGCCUGGGGAGGAUCACCUGUCAAACAUCAGGGAUGCCAUCUGGGGCAGCAGGAAGACUUUGUGCGUUGUCUCCAAGGAGUUCCUUAAAGAUGGUUGGUGCUUGGAGGCAUUCACUUUAGCCCAGGGCCGCAUGCUGGAGGAGCUAACCAACGUCUUGGUUAUGUUGGUGGUGGGGCAGGUUGCUCAUUACCAGCUGAUGAAGUGCAAUGCAGUCAGAGCUUUUGUCCAGAGGAGAGAGUACCUCACCUGGCCCGAGGACCCUCAGGACCUGCAGUGGUUCUAUGAACGGCUUGUCUCGCUGAUUCUUAGAGACACCAAGGUGAAGAAGUUUCCUGUGGAAAACCCUAAGCCUGUGAAGCCUGAACGUCGACCUCCUGCUGAGGAGGAGGUUCCGCUUGAGAACAUCAAAGCCGUUGCUAACUGAACUGAACUCAGUCUUCACGGUGAAGAAAAGCCCAAUAAUGUGAACGUAGGUUGUUGGUUUGAUCACAUUGAGGGAGAUAGCAACCUUUGCCAACUUAAACACCCUUUACUUAAUUGAUCAUACCUUCAAAUAAAGCUGAAGAACACAGCAAGGCUUGAGCUCUACAUAUGAAGACCUUUACGUACAUUAAUUUAGCUUCCUUUUGCCUUUUAUCCAACAGCCUUUCUAAGCCAAUGAAGCCCAACUCUACUCACUGUGCAUCGGUUAUAAUCAUUAUUACAUAACUGUGAACGUUUGAAUGUGAUACUGUGACCAGUGCGAUGCACAAUGCUUACUGUGUACUGUGAACACAAUGUUUUAACAUGGUGGUGGGUAUAUCAUGGUAAAGGGUUGUCUGUAGUGCCAAGCAGCCCAUUCCCAGUAAUCAACUAUAGAACCUGUUACAUGUAUAAUUGCUGAAAGACAUUUGUUCUACCCUUUAAAAUCAGCACUCUGUAUACCAGUGAAAUGUAAAUAGAAUCAGAAUCAGAAAAGCUUUAUUGCCGAGUACGUUUUUGGACAUACAAGGAAUUUGUUUUGAUAUUUGUAGAUUUCUGUGAAUCAAUCACGUUUUUUGUGAGUAAAGGUUAGUUUUGUUUGAUUUGACAGGUUUUUUUUUUUUGGAAAACAUUGAAAAAUGAAUGGUAAGAUGAUGACCAAUGUGCUGAAUUAAGAUGACAAUCUGCUGAACAGAUGAAGGUGCUGCAUUCAGGCUGCAGUAGAAAAUGGAAAUUUCUCUAAAUUGGAAUUUAGAUAAAAGCAGGCAGAACAUGGACAACUGGGGGCCUAUGUGUUUUGGGAGGAAGGAAACUGUUCUUUUUCACUAGAUUUGGUGCAUUGCUGUUAUAUAUAGAUAUAUAUAUAUAGAGAGAGAGAUAUUUUGUCAGAUGUUUUCAUUGUGUACCAAAGUUACAUUAUAAGCAUCUUUAGUGAGAAAUACAUAAAGUUUUUGGAAAGCAUAAAUAUUCACAGGAUGGACCUUUCUUUUUACAAAUCUCUACAAUUCCCCUUGGCAUCAGCUUCUGGGCCAAAAUGUUGUCAUAAUUUGAUUUUGAUUAGCCACAGGUUCGCUGCCGGAUUAAAAUCUGGAUGAUUUUCUGACCAUGAAGUCAGAGUUUCAACGGGUUGAUCCCAGAGUCACUUAGUUAUUUUGUUUCGGGUUUUUUAAUCUGGUUCUCUGUUGUGAUCGACAAUGUAUCGACAAAAAAAAAUGAUUUACAUUUAAUUAAACGUGUCUAUAAAUUCUUGAAUUAAACCGUUACAUCUGAAAUUCAAUGUUUAAAAUAAAAUUAAUUUCAUUUUAAAAUCCAAUAAUUAUUAUAGCAUUUAAUGAAUUUUUUGAUAGCUCAUGUCACUGUGUCACCAGUUUAGACCAACUCUAAUGACUACAACAGCAUUAGCCCCGCCCACUGACUUUGUUUGGAAAGGCUGAUGUUCUGCAGCAGGUGAACAUGAAAUGAAUAUUAAAAUGAUAGGAUAUACUAAAGUA